AUGCGAAUGACUAAACUAUUCGUUAAGAGAGCACUACGAUCUCACACAGUCUGGGUGAUAAUUAUUACAAUAGUGUUUUGUUUAGCAAAUUAUAUGAUAUUUCAGAAAGUUGAAAUAAUUUAUUCUGAAUAUCAACAAAAAAUGCAAAUAACACCAAAGCCGGAAAAUUAUGGUUCUGAAGGAAUAAAUUAUCAAAGCUUUAUCGGUUUAGGGCCAUUUGAUGAAUACAGGAAUUCUCCAAAUAAUUUUAAAACUAAUACAAAUUUUAAAAGGGAAAGAACAAGUUUUGAUCAAUAUGGCAAAACAAUAAAAAAGAAUUAUGAUUUAAAUGAUAAUGACGACACGGAAACCACACGAAUCGAUUUUAAUUUUGGAAAUACAUUACUCACCCCAAUAGAGCCCACUCGACCAAUAGAAGAUAAAAAUAAUUUGCAAGUAAAUUUGGAAAACUUACCAGAAACUAAGACUGUAGUUACAUUUCCAACUGAAGAAAUUAAAACUCCAACAACUCCAAUUGAAAAUAACUGGAAUACAAUUACUUUUGAAAAUGAAGAUAAAUUAGAUCAUAUACCAGCAUCUCAAAUUGAAACUAUUACACCCAUAAAUACUGAAACACAAAACUCUUUACCAGGCGAAAUGGGGCAACCAUUUUAUGUUCCUAAAGAUUUAAUUGAAGAAGCAAAUGAAAGAUUCGCAGAAUUUCAAUUCAAUAUUGUUGCAAGCGAUAUGAUUGCUUUAAAUAGGUCUUUACCGGAUUUAAGAUCUGAAGCUUGUAAAAAGAAAAAAUACUUAGAAGAUCUUCCAAAAACAUCUAUAAUAAUAGUUUUUCGAAAUGAGGCAUGGUCAACACUUUUACGUACUGUUUGGAGUGUAAUAAACAGAACUCCACAUAGACUACUUGCUGAAAUAAUAUUAGUUGAUGAUGCUAGUGAAUAUGAUUUUCUAGGAAAACAAUUAGAAGAUUAUGUCGAAAAUUUACCAGUUCCAGUAAAAGUACUGAGAAUGAAAGAACGUUUGGGUUUAAUAAAAGGUCGACUUUAUGGUGUUGAAAAUUCAACUGGAUCUGUUGUUUUAUUUUUAGAUUCGCAUUGUGAAUGUACUGAUGGUUGGAUAGAACCAUUAUUAUCAAGAAUAGCAACAAAUCGAAAUGUUGUUGUUUCACCACAAAUUGAUAUUAUUGAUGAUACAACAUUUAAAAUAUGGAAAGUAUAUGAACAAGUAGGAGGUUUUGAUUGGAUUUUAGAUUUUCAAUGGAUGGAAGUACCAGAACGUGAAUUGAAACGUAUUAAUUAUGAUAAAACGGAACCAAUACAAACACCAACAAUAGCCGGUGGUCUUAUAGCCAUAGAUAAACAAUUUUUUUAUGAAAUUGGUGCAUAUGAUGAUGAAAUGGAUAUAUGGGGCGCCGAAAAUUUAGAAAUGUCAUUUAGAGUUUGGCAAUGUGGCGGUAUUUUAGAAUUAAUUCAAUGUUCACGUGUUGGACAUGUUUUUCGAAGAACAACACCACAUAAAUUUCCUAGGGGUGAACGUCAAACAAUAUUUACAAAUAAGGCAAGAGUUGCGGAAGUUUGGAUGGAUAAAUGGAAAGAAAUAUUUUUUGCAUUAAAUCCUGAUGCAAUAUCCGGCAAUGUAACAAAACGUAAAGAAUUACGUACCCGUUUAAAUUGCAAAAACUUUGAAUGGUAUCUAAAAAACGUUUACCCAGAAAAUAUUUUACCACUUGAAUAUAAUCAUUUAGGUCGAAUACGUAAUAUAGAGACUCAAGAUUGUCUUGACUCAACCGGUAGAGAUCUUCAAAAUAACGUUGAAUUUACAAAAUAUAAAAUUUGUUUAAGUCAAUCAAAUCGAAAUGAAACACAAGUAAAUUUCAGAAUAUGUGAUAACAAUAUUGAAGGUCAGAAUUGGUUUUAUGACUAUGAUAGUAAAAUUUUUAUUCAUUUAAAAAGUGGAAAAUGUUUAACACAGUCUAUUAACGGUACAACUGAAUCAAUUGCAACUUUAAAUGAUUGUGAUGAAAAUUCUAGUAGACAAAAAUGGGAAUUAGCUGAGUUAUUACUUUAG